GGAGGCAGAAGUCCCUACGUCAUCACACCAGGUAGAUAGGUACAGUAUAGGUACUUAUAAAGGGCAAGUUUAUAAAAGUUGCGGAAAUAAAACUGACGCAGGAUUGAAACCGCACGUAUUACAAUCAGAGCAUUUCGCGUGAUAGCAAUGGAACCUACUUAUAAUUAGUAAAAAAAAUAUAUCUUUUUUUUGAGUGUGAUAUUUUAAUUAUUAUUCUGGAUAAUGACGAUAAUAGUGAAAUGUGUAUGUUUAGUUCUAGUGAUAAGUUUUCAAACAUGGAAUUUCACUGAAGCUCAGGCCGUGAACUCAAGGGCUUUUGCUACGGCGACCCAGCUGAUAUCCGAUGCGGGUUACCCGGUGGAGAAGCACCGAGUCUACACGGAGGAUGGCUACAUCCUGCAGAUGCACCGGAUCCCGGCCGGCCGGCGGUCAGCUCGACGGACCAGCAAGAAAGGGAAGAAAGCCGUGCUGAUUGCUCACGGACUUUUUGGCAGCAGUGGGGACUUUGUUAUUAUGGGACCUCAGAGGAGUUUGGGCUACAUUCUAGCUGAUGCAGGCUUUGAUGUUUGGAUUGCAAACUUCCGGGGAACUAUGUACUCUUCACACAAAACGCUGCCAAAAUCUGAUGCGCAGUUCUGGGAUUUUAGUUUUCAUGAGCACGGAAAAUACGACCUUCCAGCUACAAUAGACAAAAUUCUAAGCGUGACUGGACUCCAGAAAGUCAUGUACAUUGGCUACUCUAUGGGGUCCUCCAGUUUCUUCGCCAUGACAGACAUGAGACCCGAAUACAAUGAUAAAAUCGUUGCUUCAAUUAACAUGGCUCCAGGGAUCUAUAUCGAGCCAUCCAAAGACUUGUUUACGUUUCUUUUGAAGACCAUUAAUAUGCCGGAUCUGAUGAGAGCACAAGGUGUUCAUUAUAUGAACCUUCCCUCGAACAUGCGAGAUAUCUUGAUCAACACCAUUUGCACCGUGAAAAGAGACGAAGACGACCUGUGUAUGAAAGUAGCCCAGCUGUUUGCAGGCGAUGAUCCGGAACAAAUUGAUAAGGACGUGACUCCUAAGAUUUUGGCCAGAUUUCAACCAGCUUCUUGGAAACAAUUAGAGCACUACGGAAAACUUGCAAUAACAGGUGUAUUUUCGUCGCUUGAUGGGGGGUUAGACAUACCUGGAAAAAUCUAUGACUUAAAAAAAUGUAGAGUUCCAGUUGUGAUUAUUUAUGGAAAUAAUGAUCGUCUUACUCCGAAAGCGGAAUCUAUACGUCUAGCCCAAGAAUUAAAUGCCACAGGAAUGCUGGACGAAGUCACUCCAGUCGCUAACUGGCCAAAGUUCAACCAUUUAGAUUUCGAGUUCGCUAAAGAUGUCGGGAAUGUACUAAACAAACCACUAGUCCAUAUGAUACACAAUUUGUUUAAUAAAUAUGAUGCUUCAUGA